AAAAAAAAUGAAUUUUUAAUCGUUUUUAUGGAUUAUCUUCAUUCAUCAAAAAUGAAAAAAUCAUUAUACUUGACUCUAAUUUUCGUAUUAUACAUUUCAUGUUCGAGUGUCUUCUCUUAUGAAAUAAUUAAAACAUCCAAGGAUGUAACAAAUAUGGAACUAAUAUUAGAUGUUAGGACAUAUGAUGACGGAACUUAUAUGCUUUACGGAUGGGACAAAAUAUUAUUUGUUUUUCCAAAUGAUUCAUCUGCUGAGAUUGAUCGUGAAAAAUAUCUCCGAAACGGGUACAACAAUAUUAGAACAUACCCAUUAACAAAAAACUAUUUUCUUUAUUUGUAUGGGAAAGAUUUCGAUCAAUAUGGAGAUAUUAUAGAUUGGAAUGGUAAUAUUAUUUUAAAUAAUAUAUUUUUUGGACCUACAAAUCGGGAUGAUAAUAAUGAUAUUGAUAUCAAAGGAAUUGAAAUAGAAAAGCCAAGUUUUUUAAUUGCACUGGGCGUUCCCGAAGGUGAUUAUUUUUAUUGGAAAAGAUUUGAAUUCAAAAAUGACAUCACCAGUUUCUUAGAGGUGGUGAACAGUUCCAUCAUAAUAGAUAAAGACUACAUGAUAAGUCAAGUUAAAAUUUUUAAUACUAUUGACGGACGCCAAGCUAUUGUAUAUUCAACCACUUUAAGAAAUGGUAGUACUAGCUAUUCUGAUGCACCAGUUUUUUACGAAAAAGCCACUGCGCAGAUUUCCAUAUUAACAUUUAAGGAAGAUUUGAUACAAACUUUUGAACCAGUAAUUUUGUUCGAAAUCAAUACUAUGCUCGGCGUUAUUUUAAAAGUAGAUGAAUGUCAAGCCAGUUUUAAUGCUCAAAAUAAUGUUUGUUUUAUUAGAAUUUUGCAUGCAAAUGGGACUUUAUAUAAAUCGAUACUUUUUUCAACUGCUGGUUCAGUAAUUAAAAUCGAAAACUUGAAAAAUUUUGGCAGUGAAAAUUCAAAUAUAAUAGUUAGUGAUGAGAGCACAUUGAUACCUUUUUUAUAUGGAGGAUACAUUCUAGUUAAUAGUAUAAAUAACAUCAAUGUUGGCUAUAUUUAUGAUGAGAAUGGGAAUAAUAUUAGGGAAUUGGAUAUACCUGAAAUUUAUAAAAAUUCGGGUAAUAUAUAUAGAAGUGGUGUACUUUCAAUUAAUAAUACGGCUUGGAUGUUGCUUGAUAAUAGUAGUAUUGGUUGGUCACUUGCAACAUUUGAGACGCCUCAAGAACUUAACAAAGCCCAAUUUCAAAACCCGUUAAUCACAUCACUUAUACCAUCGUUGAAUCAACAAAUUAAUAAAAAUGAAAUAUUGAAUGUAAAAAUAACAUUUUCCAUUAAAGUAAUAAAAUCAACUGGAAAAAUCACGAUUUAUGAGUUAAAAAAUGAUAACCAACCCAUAUUUAAUAUUAGACAAACUUAUCCAGUGAUGUCGGAUCUUUGCGAACUACAAGACGGUGGUAAUGCUUUAUCUUGUCAAAUCCUACAAAGUACAUUCAAUAGACCAAAUAGUAAUUAUAUGAUUGUUGUUGAUAAUGGAUUUGUUAGAUCUUUCUCUAUUGAAGAACCAUUAUCCGGAAUUAAUAAAGGAUUUUGGAAGGUGACUACUAACCAAUUAACCGAACCAAAUAAAAUAGCAGAGUCUACAACGGGAACAUUACAACUUACAACAUUUGGAACAAGUUAUUAUAACAAUUUUUCUUCAUCAGCCGAAAAAGACGAUUUUAAGAACGCAUUACAAAAUCAGCUAUGUGAUAGCAUUCCAAUCAACCAAUCAAGAUUUCGAAUGUCGGGAAAAUUGCUACCUGAUACGCGAAAAAAGGACCAACUUUUGAUUGAAUUUAAAAUUUUAUCAACUCAAGAUAAAUAUGAACCAAAUGUUGAGAGUAUCAUAAAUGAUUUAAAUACAAUUAUAAAAAAUAAAGAAAUCGUAUUGCCUUUAAAUCUUUCUAAUCUUAUUGAUCAAGAAUAUGGGUUUGUUCAAGCAUCAAAUAUAUGGGAAGAAAAUAAAUUUAUAUUAUUGGGUUUAGGCAUAGCACUGCUUAUUUUUUGUUUGAUUUAUUUAUGGGCUAGAAGAAGAAAUUCGGAGGGUAACAAUUUUGCAUUAAUUCAGGCUGUAAUGAUUUGGUUUGAUUUAACGAUGGAUAUUCUAUUUAUUGUCAAGAAUGGUCAUGAUGUAGAAAAAUUAUACAUCCCAAGUGUAAUUGUUUUAGCAGUAUCAAUCAUUUUCAACGUAAUUUCAGCAUUUAAAUUAUUUACAUACGAAUUAAAAAACAAUGAGAAAUUUUUAGAAUGGUUUAUAGGGAACGCUAAAUUAGCAUCAAUUUUCACAAUUUUAUCAUCUGCCGAUGUAGGUGCCUUGAGUAUAUUGAACUCAAGGUUCGGUGGAUUCGAAUUAUUUAAUUCAUCAUUAUCAUUAAAAACUCAAAAAAAGAUAUUUUACGGUACGACUGCUAAUUUAUUUAUUGAGGACAUACCACAGUUAACAAUUCAGAUUCUAUACAGAAUGAACGUAAUUACCUAUAGUACAAUUCCGCUUUUAAGCUUAAUUACAAGCUCUAUAUUGGUUGCAAGUGACGUAUUAUCAAGAACUUACAAUCUCAUUUCUGGGUUAUAUUUUAUACAUAAAAAGAAGGAACCAAAAGAUAGCAAUGAAUCUGAUUUACCUGAGGUGUUAAUCGAUUAAUUUCACUAUCGAUAAUCGAAUUAGAUUAUUAUUAUUAAAAAUAACUUUUGCUGCGGAGUUAAUUUAUGGUUACUCAUAGGAUGAGUAUAUCUGAUAUGAUAAAUUUUAUCUAUAAUGACAGUUGAAUUUUGAUAUAUAAUUAUAUCUUUGUUGUACAAUUAAUUUUCUUCUUCUAAGCAGUAAAGUGAAAUAUGAAUAUUGAUAAUAUAUCCAAUGUUGAAGAUUUUCAGGUUAAACUAGUACGAUGUAAAAUUAUCAGUACUUUUUUUUACUAUUGGUCAACUGUACGACCAGUAAUUCACUUUUUUUAAUCUUUUUUUAAUAAAUGCUCGUGAUGAGAAUUUUCACGCACAUAAAUUUUUUUA